CAACAAGCUGAAGCCAAGGUUUGUCUUUUAAGGAGCAGGUUGGUCAGCAGGUGUGAGCCAUCAGUGUUUCAGCCUUAAGUGGACAGGCCUGCCCCUCUUGUGCCUGACCUUCUGCUGUCUACGUUCUGCAAGUGAGGGGGGGAGUAUCCUGUUCACUGUCUGCGACUGGCUGAAGGGCUUCAGCUGUGUCUGGGGUGCUCUGCAGCUGAGGGGGAGAAGAAGCUGGGUUCUCAGUAGUUUCCUCCGUUUCUCCUUCUGGGUCUGCUGUUACUCCUGAGUCAUCCUUGUCUGAUGAGUCCUCUGACGGGGCCAUGACAGAAAGCCGGCUCAAAGAAUAAAGAGGCCAGCGAGAAGCAGGGGCUGGUGCUUGAGGCAUUCAAAAGUCAGAAGUUUCUAAUACUAUCUCACAAUCCUCCAUUCUGGCUUGCAGGAGACAUUACCAUAAUUUGAGAAUACACUCCAGCCAGGCAAAAGCAGUAUACGAGGGCACAGAGAGUGCAAUCGAAACCCAAGAUCUUGAUCAAGAUGUGGGAUGAGUGAGUUUGGAACAGAUAAAUCAUGGCUGAGCUGAGCUCCUUCAUCGCAGCUCAUCUUAAACCAGUUUAAGUCCAAAAAACAGGAUGUGGCAAAGAAAGGCUUACAGCUAUUCCAAACCCGGACUUGGAACUUACAUUGGCAAAAAGGGUGAUCUCAAAAUGGAGUACAUGGUUCUCCCCUUCAUCUAAUCCCCACCACAACCUGUGAUUUUUGGCCUGGAAGGUUCUCGAAUGGGAGAUUAGGGCUCCCCAUGUGGUGCUUUUGUCCCUUCUGAGUCUUCUUGUAAGCCAGAAAAGGGAUUGAUGCCAGACAACAUGACCCCUGGCAAAAGAGCCAGACAUUCUGCUUGUGGGCAAGUGGAUGCCGCGAAGCCUGCGUGCCUUCAAGAGGAGACUCGCAGUUCUUGUUUCCCUGUCCUUGGUGUUCAACCUGUUGGCCUUGCUUUGAGCUGCAUUCGAUCCUCUCCAGCCGCUCUUGCUCUUCUGUGAGCCCCCUCCCCUCCGUUAAGAUGCUUCUCGGGCGCUUCUUUUGACUGACUCUGAGAGGCGGCGUGGGUUUGCCUGUGUCGGGGCCAGGGCAGAGGCUGUUGGUUGGGCGAAGAAUUCCCACAGUGACCGGAUCCGUUUUGUUCCAGCCGUCCUCAUGUUACCCUCUUGGGUAACGGGCUUGGUAGGUGGGCUAGUCUCUUUGCACCUCCUCCAGAAGCUCUUCUUCCCUUAUUUCUGGGCUGACCUGAAGUUCUUGCUGAAAGUGGUGCAGUAUACGUUGACUUUGGAGGUCUACAGGCUGCGGGGCAGGACUUGCACCGUGCUGGACCGGUUUGUGAAGCUGGCUGAGAGGCGGCCCAACAAGCCGUUCCUCGUCUACGAAGGGGAGGUUCAUACCUACCAGGCGGUAGACAGGAGGAGCAACAGGAUAGCCCAACUUUUCCUCAAGGAAGGGAUGCUGAAAAGGGGAGAGACCGUGGCCCUGCUGAUGAGCAACGAGCCUGAUUUCAGCCUGAUUUCAUCCAUACGUGGUUUGGACUGGCCAAGUUAGGCUGUGUGGUGGCUUUUCUCAAUUUCAACAUCCACUCCAGGUCCCUCCUGCAUUGUAUCUCCAGUUGUGCGCCCAAGAUGCUGGUGGUGGGAGCAGGUAUAUAUUUGGUAUCCCCAAACCUGUGUUUGCACGGAGCAGGAAGGCACUCAUGGGGAGAGACUGCUGAGCAAAAUCAUAGAAUUGGAAGGUACCUUGGAGAUAAUCUAGUCCUGCUUCCCCUGAUCAAUGCUGGAUCUACAACACAAAAUACAACUACAGCAUUCCUGAGAGAUGGCAGUCUAACAUCCUCUGAAAUACCUCUGGUGUAGGAAACCCACCACUUCCUGAGGCAGUCUGCUCCACAGCUGAACAGCUCCUAUUGUUAGGAAGCUUCUCCUAAUCUUUAGCUGUAAUCUACUUCUCUGCAAUUUCCACCUAUUGGGCUGUAUUCCUACUCAGAGUGGACUUAUUGAAAUAAAUGAACCUAAGUUAGGCACAUUUAUUAACUUCAAUGAAUCUGCUGUUGAGUAGGACUAGUAUAGAAUACCACCCAUAUAUUUUUGUCCUGUUAUCUGGAGCAACAGAGAACAAGACUGCUCCAUAUUCUGCACAGCCCCCCAGAUAUUUGAAGACAACAGUCAUGAGUUUCCUUGGUUGUAUAGAUAAUGGAAUGCAGAGAUGAUGCCUGAUAUCGUUAGUUAUCUCCACAAAGGUGCAGCUACUGUAAUUUUUCCUUAAUUUUAUGAUGCUGUUUGAUUUAUCGUGUUUUACAUUUUUAUUGUUAAUUAUUAUUUUAAUGUUAUUUGUCACCCUGGGGCUCUUGUGUAGACUACAAAUGAACCUUUCCCAGUUGCCACAAAUGUUUGAGUCCAAAUUACCCCUUGUGACCUCUUAAGAAGGCUUCUUAAAAUGUUUGCAGAGCCUUCCUAUAUGAAAGUCUCUGUCGAAUGCAAAAUCGCCAGAUAUGAAAGAAUACAAAGAUCAAUGGAACUUCUUGGAAACAGGAUUAUGUGCUAAUUGUCAUUGAUGAGUAUUGUCAUGAACCUGUAAUGUUCAUGAGUUAUUAAAAAUCUAAUAGCAACACUUUGGCUCCAACAAGGGACUCUGGGAGACGGUUACAGUUAGAAAAGACAAGCCUUUGCCAAUUUACAAUUCUGAGUUUCACUUCCCAGCUGAAGAUGGUUAGAGAAGCCUUAACAAGCUGCACCUGUUUAUCUUUGCUGAUUAGCAAGUGCCUGGUACCCAAGGUCAUCCUUGGCCUGUACAGUUGGAAAACACAGUUGGGAGGGGGGCCUGCAAGGCGCGAAAAGGGGAGAAAACAUCGAGAAGAAAGUUACAUCAGCCAAUUCCUGAUUGGUCAAUUAAACUUGGACCGUUAGGAUCCUUUUCCUUUAAGUAUAGGACUAGAGACACAUAGCCUUUGUUCUCUGUUCUCUGCCUAUGCUGACUUGGCACCAGAGUUCCAAACCUUCUGCCUUAUGGUUCCAGGGGUUGCUUAUGGGAAGGUAACCUAUGUCUGGUUCCAUUGCUUUAUGUUGAACAUCCAUCUCUCUUAGGAGGGGUGCCACACAACCAACUACCUCGUGUGUAAGUAGUUAGGUGAGUUUAGUUUGUUAUUUUCUUGUUGUGUGUAUGAAUUCUCUUGUAAGUACCUAAACCCCUGUUUGGGUGUAUGGUCUUAAAGGAUUACUUGCUGCUAUAUUUUAUGUGCACUUAUAUAUCUUAAUAAAGCUACUUCUAUUUAACCUGGUGUGUUCAUUGAGAGAAGGGGUGGUUCUGGAUUCAGUACCUUGACCAAUCUCAGUCACUAACUACCAAAGAGGGUUAAGAAGUUAAAGGCUUGGAUUUUAAGUGUUAAACCAGAGGUGCCAGGCAAGGAGUGUAACUGUGACUCUUGCCUCUUAGGACCUUGGUUUUAUAUAUCUUCUGGGCUCAGAGAUCCCCUGGCUCUGAGUGGACCAGUAUACAGGGGUGGUGGCAGCCUACCUUCUACCUUGCAGGGUUGUUGUGAGCAUACACAGCCUUGGCAAGGGUGAAGUAAUAGUCUUUGUGGUUCCAGUCUCAUUUCCCUAAGGGUGGGGGUCUGAGUCUGAUGCAUGAACCCUGUGCCCUGACGGCAAGAGGGUCAUGACAUGGUUGGCAGCAGUGAGGAUCGAGGCCAUUCCUGCUCUUAAGUGAACACACUGUGUGAGAUAAGUGCAUUGCAGCAAGUUGUAAAUUUGAAAGAGACUUCUGACACAACCGUUUGUUACUUUGGGUAGUGAGGUCAGUGCAGAAUGUCACAAAAGAUAAAAACCAGAUCUCAAAAGAACGGAGCCGAAGGUGUGGACAUGGCAGACAAUGCGUUGCCUAGUCAGCUUGUUCAGCUGGAGGAAGGCGCUGCUGCCCCGUCACUUGCACCUCAGCCUUCUGCGGAUGACAAGGAGAUCGUGUUUAAACAAACUGAGGAAAGUGAGGAGGAAAGUGAAGAUGAGGAGGAGGAAGAUUCUGAUGGGGAAGAGCUGCCUAGAAGUAUGCAGCGUUACCUAGCAAAGCAAAUGAAGCUGCUGUCCCUACAGUUCAAGGCUAUGAAGGAAGAUCGCCUGAGUAGAGAAAGUUUUGCCCGUGAGCUGAAACAACCGCAAGGAGGAAGACCAGACCUCCAUAAAAAAGCUUUUCCGACUUUUCGUGAGACAGAUGACAUCUUUACCUUUUUUCAAGUUUUUGCCCACUCUUGUAGAGACCAAGGUGUGCCUAAAAAGUACUGGAUGAGUGCUCUACGCAUUAAUGCUGAAGGCGAAUUAAGAGAACUUUUGCACUCUCUGCCAGUGGAAUAUGCAGAUGAUUUUGACUAUUUCUAUGCUCUAGCUAGAUCCCAUUUUGCUCUAACAGCAGAGGACUGCUUUCGGCGUUUAGAAGCAGACCAGAAAAAGCCUCGAGAGAGCUUUUCAGCUUUUUCUGCGAGAAUGGGCAGGAAUGUGGAACGCUGGGCAGACACGGCUGAAGCAGCAACCUGAGGUGAAGUUUUAGAUCUGUUUGCUAAAGAACAGUUUUAUAGACGUCUCCCUCGAGACCUGAUGGCUCUGGUUAGAGACCAGCAGCCCCGUUUGCUGGCUGAAGCAGGCGUGCUAGCAGAUUGUAUGUUUAAAAACAGAGCUGGAGAAAAGUUUACUCUGUUUCGGAAACCUGAGAACGUUCCUGUGAAACCGCCCGGGCGAGAGAUUCCAAGUAUGCAGAAACCAUGGCAACCGCCGAGGGAAGUGAAGGGAGGGCAGAGCUACUCCAAAGUAACUUCUACUCUGACGGAGACUGGAUUACAAAAGAAGCCCCUUGUAGAAAUAACCUGCUUUAAAUGUGGAAAAAUCGGCCAUAAGGCUAAUUCCUGUUCUGAAAUCUUGCCUAAGCCCAAUCCUGCUGGAAGGAAGAAUCCAAGGGUUGCCCCAGUUGUGCGUGUAAGAGACUUAGCUUCACCUGGAGCGGCACCCCCUGAACUUUCCUCUUGGUCGUCAGCAGAUGAGAAUGAAGGAGCAGAAUCGGAUUUUGUAUUUUCUGCCCCAAAUUCCCAAGACCGUCCUGAAACUCCUCGUGGACCUGUACUCAAAGCCCUGUCGGUGAGUGUUGUACAAAAUAUACCCGGGGGCAGAGAGGGAGGAGUAAAGAAUAGCUUGUUUCUAGGGAGAAACUCCCCAAAACCUCUUUCACCGGAAUGUAAGGAAUGGGUUCAAACGCAGUUUUCAGAACCCAUAUAUGUUAAUUGUGUUCAGGUCAUGGGAAGGGUAGAUUUGGGAGCUGAGAUUACCAGUAUUGCUAAACACCUGGUUAAGCCAGAACAAUAUGUCCCAGACUUACAAGUGACGGUCACGGCGUAUGGACCCAAGACAGUACAAGCUCGUGUAGCUGAGCUGGUGCUUUCGUACAAGAACUGGACUGGGCGCCAUAGAGUUCUAGUUCAUUCAACCAACAGUUUAUGGGACGUUUUGAUAGGAGCAGACCUGCUUUUCCUGCACCAUAAAGAGACUGAACGUAGGGCGGAGAGGGAUGCUCUUGCUAGGUCUCAAGUUUUGUUAGACGCCUUGAAAUAUAAUGGGAAAGAAGCCAAAGCUUCGAAAGAGCGGGCCGUGGGCUUGCCUGAGCCACAGGAAAGAAGUUCACUUUUGCAGCCCAGAGGAGGGGGGCUGAUGGAAUGCAAAGUGCCGCCUGCUGGCUCUCAAGAAACUAAGACAGUUUUAUUAAAGAAGGGAAGCCUCCAGAGUUGUAAAAGCAAAACGGAAGCCAACCCAGCUGCUUUGUUAAAGGCUGAGAAACCUAAUUCUCUUAAUGAACAUUUAAUUAUGGCUUGCACUAAGGUGUGUGAACUUGCAGAGGAUUCUUUGGAUUUGGUUACAGAGAGCCAACGAGAAGGGGGGAUAACUGAAGUUACCCUGCCCAAAGGUUUGACUCAUGAGCAACAAAAUCAAUUAUUCCAAAUCCUGACUGAAUUUAAACCCAUGUUUUCCAGUAAGCCUGGAAGAACUGAUUUGGCUAUUCAUUCUAUUAACAUCGGGAAUCAUUCUCCCAUGCAAGCUUCUCCGUAUCGAGUUACAGGACGGAAUGCAGAGGUGGUAGAGAGGGAAGUCCAAGCUAUGUUGGAAAUGGGAGUUAUUGAACCGUCUACCAGCCCCUGGUCCUCCCCUAUUGUGCUAGUGGCUAAACGGGAAGCUAAUGAAGUGCGUUUCUGUGUGGAUUACAGGAAACUGAACCAGAUUUCCCAAGUGGAUCCGUAUCCUUUGCCUAGGAUGGACCAUUUAAUAGAAAGGCUGGGAGCAGCAAAAUACAUCACUACUCUGGAUUUAACCAAGGGAUAUUGGCAAGUGCCUCUAGAUGGGGAUGCUGCUGUGAAAUCUGCUUUUGUCACGCAUAUGGGCUUGUUCCAGUUCAAGGUUCUCCCAUUCGGACUUCGAAACGCUCCAGCAACGUUCAUGAGGCUUAUUAAUUCUGUGAUUAAUGGCCUAGGCGAAUUUUCUUGCGCAUAUCUGGACGAUAUAGCCAUUUUUAGCCCUGACUGGAAUUCACAUUUGAAUCACUUGAGAAUUGUUUUACAGAGACUGCAGGCUGCUGGACUAACCAUCAAAGCGCAGAAAUGUCAAUUUGGGUUGGGGGAAGUUGUGUAUCUUGGCCAUAGGGUGGGGCAGGAUCGUGUAAAACCCCUGGAGGCUAAGAUCGAAGCUAUGCACAAUUGGCCUGUCCCUAAGACUAAGAAACAGGUUCAGUCUUUUUUGGGGUUAGCAGGCUAUUACAGAAAAUUCGCCCCACAUUUUAGCAGUGUUGCUACCCCCCUAACUGAAUUAUGCAAAAAGACUAUGCCGAUGCGUGUCAUUUGGACUGAUAAAUGUCAAAGUGCUUUUGAUGCUUUAAAGACCAUGUUGGUAAACUACCCUGUUUUGAAAGCCCCUGAUUUUUCAAGCCCUUUUGUAGUUCAGACGGAUGCCUCCAACUUUGGGCUUGGAGCUGCCUUGCUCCAGAAAGAUGCUGCUGGAGAUUUGCACCCUAUUGCAUACAUUAGUAAGAAAUUGAUUCCAAGAGAGCGCAAUUUGGCUACCAUUGAAAAGGAGUGUCUUGCUUUGGUUUGGGCUCUUGACAUGUUACGCCCGUACCUAUGGGGACGUCAUUUUCAAUUGCAGACAGACCAUUCCCCUUUGUGUUGGUUAAACAGGAUGAAAAACUCCAACCAAAACUUGUUACGUUGGAGUCUGGCCCUCCAAGAUUUUGAUUUUUCAAUCCAGUUUAUAAAAGGGCGCGAUAAUGUAGUAGCUGAUGCUCUAUCUCGCUUAUCUGUUCCAGUUGAUUGAUAUUUGAUUCAUGCCAUUUUACUGACUGAUUUCCCAGCUCUGAUGACCUCUGGACUGUUUUAGACCUUGUUUUACUCUUUUACGCUUUUAACAUGUUUUAUGAACUUUUAUAGGAUUUUAUGGCUAUGACCUUUUUUGAAUCUGGACCAGCUUUUGGAUUACCCCAUUUUUUAUCUUAUUUCUUUAUUUCUUUAAUAAAGUCUUCCUUUUCCUGGGUAUUUUUAGGGGUCCCCUAAUUUUCUUGGUGUUAUUUUGUAACUUUGUUGUACCUUUUGAAAAUAUAUUUAGAAGGCAUAAGUCAAGAAGUAGCUCACUUGCUUAAUGUAUUAUUAAUUCUUUUUUCUUUUAAUGCUGUAUAUAGUGCAAUGUUGAUGUAUUGAUGUAAUUUUUGAUUGUUCCUCUUAUCCCUGGUUGCUGUGGCGAUGACGCAGAACUAUUCAGAGUUCUGACAUCAUCUUCCUGAAAAGGGGCGUGUCAUGAACCUGUAAUGUUCAUGAGUUAUUAAAAAUCUAAGAGCAACACUUUGGCUCCAGCAAGGGACUCUGGGAGACGGUUACAGUUAGAAAAGACAAGCCUUUGCCAAUUUACAAUUCUGAGUUUCACUUCCCAGCUGAAGAUGGUUAGAGAAGCCUUAACAAGCUGCACCUGUUUAUCUUUGCUGAUUAGCAAGUGCCUGGUACCCAAGGUCAUCCUUGGCCUGUACAGUUGGAAAACACAGUUGGGAGGGGGGCCUGCAAGGCGCGAAAAGGGGAGAAAACAUCGAGAAGAAAGUUACAUCAGCCAAUUCCUGAUUGGUCAAUUAAACUUGGACCGUUAGGAUCCUUUUCCUUUAAGUAUAGGGCUAGAGACACAUAGCCUUUGUUCUCUGUUCUCUGCCUAUGCUGACUUGGCACCAGAGUUCCAAACCUUCUGCCUUAUGGUUCCAGGGGUUGCUUAUGGGAAGGUAACCUAUGUCUGGUUCCAUUGCUUUAUGUUGAACAUCCAUCUCUCUUAGGAGGGGUGCCACACAACCAACUACCUCGUGUGUAAGUAGUUAGGUGAGUUUAGUUUGUUAUUUUCUUGUUGUGUGUAUGAAUUCUCUUGUAAGUACCUAAACCCCUGUUUGGGUGUAUGGUCUUAAAGGAUUACUUGCUGCUAUAUUUUAUGUGCACUUAUAUAUCUUAAUAAAGCUACUUCUAUUUAA